AUGGAAAAGCUAACUGAAGGUAUGCAAGUAGAAAUAAUUCGGUCGGAUGGUCGCGUUCAUGGUGCUAUUAUUUGCCAAAUAAACCACAAAACUUCUAGCGUUUCUGUUGAAUGGUUUGAGAAGGGAGAGACAAAAGGGAAAGAAGUAGAUUUUAAUGCCUUAGUGAAAUACAAUCCGCUUAUUUUUCGCACAAAAACGGAUCCACCUGAGGUACCUGUUGCUAAUGGAGAUAUUACGAAAGUUGCUACCGCCAAAAAACAAACGAGCUCAAAUUCGAUCGAGCCAAAAACAAAGACUAAUAAAAGGAAUGGAAAUGUUGGUCUAUCUCUUCAGGAACCGACUCCCAAAAAUAAUCGUCAAAAAAGUUUUCCAGUUGCUCCAAUUAAAAUAAACUUUCACGAUCCAGAGCAUUUUGAGCAAAAAGAAACAAGAACGUCGAAGGUUGAACAAAAUGCAGUUAGUAAAGAUACUGGCAAAGCUCAACAAACAUCAAAAAUUCAAGACAUUGAUAAGCUUGUUGUUGGGAUGAAUGUCAAUAUUAAGCGUUCGGACGGUCGCAUACAUGGUGCAUUAGUUACUCAAAUUGCUAGACUCACUGGGAUGAUUUCUGUUGAAUGGUUUGAAAGGGGCGAAACAAAAGGAAAGGAUAUUGAAUUGGCCGCAAUUAUUAAAAACAAUCCUGAGCUGUUUACGUCUUCUGGUCUUCAUACAUCUCGAUCUCGUCAAUCCAUUUCAUCAUUGAAUCAUGGACAAACUCAACCGCCAACAACUGCUUCCUCUUCUGCCAUUAAUACAACUGUUGCUUUUACUGACAAUGAUAAGACUAUUGGUGAGCGAAGACGUACACAUGCAAUCCCUAAUGUUAACAAUAAGUCUGAUAAGAAAGAAAUGGCAAUGCUGGGUGACAUUGACGAGGAUAAUAUUAGUUCAGAGCCAGUGCAUUUUACGGAUGAGAAUCAACCUAAUAUCCCUGCUUCCUCUGCGGCUCAAGCAUCGAGGCGGUCUAAAUUGCUAACAAAUAUUGAGGACAUGGAGAGGAAUCGUGAACAAAGGAGGGUUCAACAGGAUGUGGCACGCAAACAACGAGAGCUGCAAAUGCAAAUCGAUCCUGGAAAUCCUCAUUGGGAGUUUCUUUCCAUGAUCCGCGACUACCAAUCUCAACUUGUCUAUCGUCCUCUACGAAUUACAGAUCCGGUUUUAGACAACCGAAUUUGUGUCUGUGUUCGCAAAAGACCAUUAAGUAAAAAAGAAUUGACUGGUAAAGAGGUGGAGGUGGUUACUAUUCCAAACAAGGAUCGAGUUAUUGUGCACCAACCUCAAACAAAAGUCGAUUUAACAAAAUAUCUGGUUAAUCAACAAUUCAAAUUUGACUACACGUUCAAUGAAAAUUCUUCAAAUGAAUUGGUUUACAAAUUUAGUGCACAGCCUCUUGUUAGGACUAUUUUUCAACGAGGUUUUGCUACUUGUUUUGCAUAUGGUCAAACAGGCUCUGGAAAGACACAUACAAUGGGUGGUAUAAUUGAAGGGAAACAUCUAGAUUGUAGUGCUGGCAUUUAUGCAAUGACUGCUAAUGAUGUUUUUGCUUUAUUACAUUCGCCUGAAUAUAAAAAUGAAUGUUUAAUGGUUGCUUGCAGUUUCUUUGAAAUCUAUGGGGCAAUGGUUUUUGAUCUGCUCAACAAAAAAGCAAAGCUUCGCGUCCUAGAGGAUGCAAAACGCGUCGUUCAAGUUGUUGGAUUAAAGGAGUUGAAAGUUAACAGCGUUGAAGAUGUAUUAAAAAUAAUCAAACUUGGCUCAAAUCAACGUACUGCUGGACAAACUUCUGCAAAUUCUAAUUCAUCUCGUUCUCACGCUGUUUUCCAAAUUAUUCUUAGGAAGCGUGAAAAGAAUGAAGAUGCUCUUUAUGGUAAAUUUUCUCUUAUUGACUUGGCGGGCAAUGAACGUGGAGCUGAUACAAUUAGCUCUGACAGACAAACUCGUCUUGAAGGAGCUGAGAUUAACAAAUCUUUGUUGGCGUUGAAAGAAUGUAUUCGGGCUAUGGGACGUGAUGAACAACAUAUUCCCUUCCGUGGCUCUAAACUCACUUUAAUUCUGCGGGAUUCAUUUGUGGGGAAAUGUGCUAAAACCUGCAUGAUUGCUAUGAUCAGCCCGGGAAUUAGCUGUGUUGAAAAUACAAUGAAUACACUUCGAUACGCAGAUAGAGUUAAAGAACUUGGUGGUGAGAGGGAUGAUCCAGAAGAACAACAAGUAGAAGACGAUGAAAAUUUUUUGUGGAGCGAUGACGAAUAA